AUAACUUCUCCAAAAAGUUAGAGAAAUGAUUCAUUAAAUAGACAGAUCUAGUUGAAGUAUGGUAGCCUAGUGGUUAAGGUUUAAAUGUUUCUACAUCAAAGUUUAGGGUUCAAAUUUGAGGCUAUGCAAUUUUUUUGCAUAUUGCAUAUUAUAGGAGGUCCAUGUUUUAAUUCCCGAAAAAUGCGAUUUAUUAAACAAUUAUGCAGACUACGGAAAAAUAGCUUACAAGGGAUCUUCAACAUAGUACAAGUAAAUCCGGUCAGACUUGAAUCUUCAUAGGACGGCUCAGGUGAUGCAGUUAGGCGUAGAUCCUCAUAAGACAUAUAGUAUUGUCGGUUGUCGAAUCGUCUAUGUAAUUGUAAUAUCAUAAUAAAUCAGCGUUAAAAAAAAAUAGACAGACCCUUAUAAUAUUAUAUUUAACAAUAUCUCUACGCAAGAAAUUAACUCACGAGUAAGUACUCUCUUAGUCCAGUGAUUUGACCAAAUGUUCAUUAACGCGUCUACACCAAUAGGUCUGGAUUUCAAUUCCCGGAGAAUGCAUAAUUAUGCGAAUUAAAGGAGAAAAUGUUUACAAGAGAUCUGCAGCAUGGCGCAAGGAGUACCGUCAAGCAUGGAUCCCAUAGGACGGCUUAGGUAAUGCAGUCAGGCGUGAAUCCUCAUACGACAGGUAGAAUUGUCAGCUGUAGAAUCGUCUGUAAUAUUUCUCAUAGUUGUAAUAGCAUAAUUAUCCAGCGUUAAAAAAAAUACUUCUUAGACUGAUACAUAAACACAUAAAGUAAUCAAUAACUUUGUGGAUAUAACAAAAACGUGUUUUAUUUUCCUAUACAUGAUUUUGACCAUGUCAUUACAUUUUACAAAUUUUACGGAUCAGUAGUUCUUUGACCUGUAUUGCAACGCAGCAAAGGUUAGCUUUUUCACUAACAUUUUCAAAUAAAUAACAAGAUGCUAGCUGAUGCCAAAUAUAUUGAAUUCAUAAAAAACCAAUAGCUCUAAGGAAAUUUUAUUAUAUAAGGAACAUAGAUUUUGAAAGAAAAUGGAAUAAGAAUAAAUGUAAGAUUUGAUAAGUGGAGGCUUUGAUAUUCGAAUAUUAGGUUAAUGGACCGACUUUGUUUCCAUCCCUAUAAAUUCCCCAAAUGAAAUCUCAUUUAACUCAUGCAGAUUGGAAUAAAACACACACACAAAUACAAACAAAAAAACAUACGCUCAAACUUGAUUCCGUCCCUGCAACAUCCAUUACUCAAUUUGCCUUUAUUUCUCUUCUCACGCACAAAGUACACACACACAAAUUAUACAUGGAUCAAGGAGGUCGGAGCGGUGGUGGAGGAGGAGCCGAGCAAGGGAAGUUCCGGGGAGUAAGGAGACGGCCUUGGGGAAAAUAUGCAGCGGAAAUAAGAGAUUCGAGAAAGCAUGGCGAGCGUGUGUGGCUAGGGACGUUUGACACCGCGGAAGACGCGGCUCGAGCCUAUGACCGAGCCGCCUAUUCAAUGAGAGGCAAAGCCGCAAUUCUCAACUUCCCUCAUGAGUACAACAUGGGAAGCGGAUCUUCCUCUAACUCUGCAGCCACUGCGGCAAACCCUUCCUCGUCGAGGCAAGUUUUUGAGUUUGAGUACUUGGACGAUAGUGUUUUGGAGGAACUUCUUGAAUAUGGAGAGAACUACAACAAGAAUAACGUUAACAUGGGUAAGAGGCAAUAAAGGGAAUGCAGUCGUAAUACGUUGAAAGUUACGUGACAGACAUUCCCAUUCAUAACAAAAACAAUCAAUCCCAAUCAUACAAGCUGUAUUAUCACAAAAGUAUUAUUAUUGGCAAAUAAACUGUAAUGUCAAUCGAUUUCUACAACGAAUAAGAUUCUUUAAGCGGGUCAUUUUAAUUUCUAGGACUUUAAAAUUCAAGCGGCUGGGUCCUUCUGUAAUUAGUUUUGAGAAAAAUGUAAUAAUCACCAUUUGAAUAAAAUGAUUAUAUGAAACAUUAUUUUAUG